CUCCAAUCCCAGAAAUGUUCGCCAAUUUAAGGAUACCUAAGGAAAUACGAUAUGUUUCUCUACCAGUGCUGUAUUUCAAAUGGUAAGGAACACCAUUUACAAACAGUGUUUUUCGUCAAUAUUAUCUGGCGAUGCUAUGGAAUUUGACUUUUUCUCUUUUGUAGCUCCGUCGAGAAUACAAGCGUUAGCCUGCCCAUUUGGCAGAAUUAGACGACAUCGCUUUCAUUCUUUCCUUGAAUUGUUGCGCCGCGUCAGUCAUAUUCAGUUAAGUGAUAUUCCUGUGGGCCGAGCGACGAAAAAAUCAAGCUCUUUUAAUCCUUUGGCGUUCCCCUUAGGGCGCAUUAUUUACAACUUCACCACAACUCUGGAUGAUCAGCAAUCUUUAUUAGAAGAAUAUGAGUAUUUUCGAAGAAUAUUCGUCUUCAUCGGCGUAAUUGAUGGUUCUGAGCAACAAGACUUUGCGCAAUUACAGUCUUCCUUAGAUGCUUGGCAGCGUCGAGUUCCUCAUGCUUCAGUUGCAAAAUGUCUUGUCUUUGAUUGCUCUUCAGAAUCGGAGGGAAUAUAUCAGGAUCCUCGAUUUGUACUUGGUCCACGAAGCAAUUCAUCGGUAAACUCAGUUAUGAGGUCGAUACUUUGUGAUAUUACAGCUGAAUUGUUAGAAGAAUUUAGCUCUCUAGAAUUUUCUCUUCAUGCUAGGUCUGUAAUCCUAUCUCCCAUGACAGAAAUGCCUCAUUUAGCUCCCUUACAACGAACAAACUCUUUCUCCUCAAUGCGUAGUCCUCGUUCCUCAACCACCACUCCGGUAAGCAGAACAACCUCCAUUCCUUCUGUUCGCUCCGUUACAGCAGUUACAGAUCGCUCCAAAAGUCUUUCCAAAGGUCGUAUCGAAAAUCAAUUAGGGCAACUAUAUCUCUUGGCUGGGAGGCUUCCCAAUGCUUUAAAGCACUUUGCAAAUGCCAUUGCAACAACAAAAUCUACAAGUGAUUAUCUUUGGCAGGGACUGUCUCUCGAGCUGUUUACUGUAUGUUUAGUAUUAAUGGCUCAAUUACAUAUCGAUGUUCAAAUUCCUCAUAACAUAACUGCCAUGUUUCCUUCCUAUACCGAUCGUUUUAAUGAACAUGGCCCUUUAAAGCUUGAUUUUUUGUUCAGUUUCAUAGCUGAGACUCGAAACGCUAUUGACCAACUUUAUCAUAAAUCCACUUUGCAACCAAAUGAUUCAAUACCUGGUCUUUGUUUUUCUGAAAGCAUCCUUCGAUUUUCUCAUCUUUUGACUAUUGUUUACGUAUGUAAUGGCCUUACCGAUGUCGCUUUGAAUCAUAUAAUCUCUCAGUCUCCCUUGCGCUCUUCAAAGAUUUCUGCUUCUUACGUCCCUAGCAAAGCAACUAUUUAUCAAUGGGUUAUUCGAGCCCGUGGACAGCAUUUAAAUUAUCUUUCCAUCCGUGAGAAUUGUCGUAUCUAUGGUGCUAUGGCAAAUAUGCUUGGUACAAUUGGCUUCCACCGUCAACGAUCUAAAAUGUUACGUGAUAUGUUAUUUAACUUAACUCCAUCCAUUGUUGAACUGAGAAAACAAAUUGCAUUUAAAAUUGGUAUACACCCUGAGGUUGUGACCAUGCAUACCGCUUCUUCUCUAGAUAGGUCCAAAAUUGGCUUCAAUAUCCUUCCUUUGAUUCUUGAAGUAUGUGAGGAAUUUGGUCUCUUACGGCUAGAUGGCACAGUCCUAAAUCCUGAGACAACAAAAUGGGGCUGGACAUCUCUUCAAUUUGAUGUUAUAAAUGAGCUUAUUUCUUUUUGUGAAGCAUUGGCAGAUUACCAGACAAUACUCAAAUUAAUUUCUUUGUUUUUCACAAUUUCACCGUCUUAUUCUACUUCUGCUCAGCAAAAUUUUCUUUACAAAAUUUUCAGAAAAACUUGUUCAUUUGCUAGCAAUCUAGGAAUAACUAUCCAAACACCUUAUUGGGAUCCAUUUAUGAUUACAGAUAUGCAGUAUAACGGAAAUCCUGAUUUUGCAGAGCCAAGACUUGUUCAUGUGAAAGCAUCAAAAGCAAACUCAUCUCAAGGUAGAAGCCCUUUCAUCUAUAAUCCUUUUUUAAAAAAGGAUACCGACCAUAAAAAGAGAAAUAUUUUAGUAGUUGAUGAGCCUGUUUUUUUUAACGUAUACUUACGAAAUCCUUUUCAUUUUUCUGUAGACAUUCAGGAAAUUUACCUCGAUACAGAAGGGGUUGAAGUUAAACAUUCAACAUGUAUGAGUACUUUACGACCAUUAUCUACGGAAAUGGUUAGUUUAUCAAUAAUUCCUCUGGAAGCAGGCACGCUGAACGUACGUGGUUGUAAUGUCAAAGUGUUUGGAUGCGAACCUUCUGUACAAUAUUUUUACGAUAAGGAAAAAGAAAAGGAUGCUUUGCAUAUUUCACUGGAAAAAAUAAAGCAUGAUUUUGAUGAAAUGCGUCCUCCUAAUGUCGCAAAGCAUCAAUGGAGCAAUAUACCCAAGCUUUCUAUUAACUUAGAAUCCUUAAAUUUUCAUAUCAUUGAAAAGCAGCCAACACUGAUAGUUUCUUCUAAGAAGUUUUCAAUAAGCAAUCUCAAUUUCGCUGAAUAUGAAACUGGCGAACUGCUUUACACUAUUGAGAACGUUUCUAAUACAAAGGCUACACAUGUUCGUGUAUCGUUUGAUGACAAUGCAUCUAAAGUGUAUGAGCAACUUAAAUCUGACAAAAAUGUCACAGCAGAUUUGUUAUAUGAGCUUCAGCAUGAAGAGUACGAACUGCCAACCUUCAAUGUUUUAAAUGAACAAACCUUUGCUCUUCAACCAGGUGAAAAAAGACAAAUUCAUGUCAAUGUCUUUGCAAAACCGAUAUCUGGGAUGGGUGCCAUUAUUUUCGAAAGCAGUUGCCGAAAUGACGAUGAAUCUGAUUUCUACGCUAGGCACUUAAAGCUACCUAUUGCUUUAAAUCUGAGUAAAAGAGUGACUUUAAGCGGUUGGUCUGUGCUUCCUGAUAUAGAAAAAAAUCCUAAUUACUGUAUGCUGUUGUUGAAUUUUUAUAACCAUCAUUCCGAUGCUUUGAGAGUUUCCUUAAAGAAAAGGGAAAAAGACGUAAUUGAAAGCCGAUUUGUGAAACCCAAAGCCGAUCACGUCUUCUUUUUAAGACUGAAACGAUUCCGUAUGUCAGAGGCGCAAUUAAAUAGAGAUAUUCCAAACCUUUCUUUUAAGCAAUUUGUUCUUUCCAGUGGAAUGAAAAGAAGUCUUGAAAAUAUUACAGCACUGAAAAGACGAUUUUGGGUGAAGCAGCAUCUGAUGGAAGAAAUUCAGGCUUUCUGGGAAAGCGAUGAACAAAAUCGCCAUGGUCAGGUGUAUAUGAAGUAUCAUUCAUUAACGGACGACAUGACCCAGCAGCUAUUGCUACCUUCCAUUCAAAUAUCAGCGCAUUCUAAACAAAACGGAGAAACAACUUCUCGUGUUUUACCGCGUAAACCGUUUACUUUAGUAUUAUCGUUUGACAGCUCUGAAGAAAACUUACGCUAUAAAUUAUCAUGGGUAUUACUGUCUCGCGAUUCACCGACUACAGUGGAUAGACAUAUGGGUUUAAUUAUGGAUGGACCUAAUGAAGCAAAAGUAUCAGCUUCAGAGAAAAGAGAUAAUUAUCUUGUUAUUGAAAGAAAUUUCUUUGCGCUUACCCCCGGUAUUUAUCAAAUUUAUAUAUCAGCGAAGCCAGAGAGCGAUGAUUCCCCGUUUUCCAAUUGCGAUGUAAGUGAACCAAUCGUGCUUCAUAUCGAAACCAGUUAGUUAUGCUUAAUACUUCUAAAAAUUUCUUAUGGACCUUCUGCUAGACUAUAAUGACAUUUUUGUUUUUUACGAGU